AACACUUUUUUCAUACAUUUCAAUUUUAUUUCAGAAUUUCAGAAUGCACUGCUCAAAUUGGGGGCUGAACUAAAUUCAACACUAAAAACAGGAUGUGAGGAAGAUAUGAGCUGGUGUUCUUAAUACAUCUUAGCUUUGGACAGAUCUUGCCUUUUCUUGAACAUUGUCCAAAAAAGGACAAUUAGCUCACAAAUACAAAUAACCAAGUAUCUAGUAAAGAAAAUUACAUAAAAGCCACAUUAACAAAACAAGAAAUCUGUGAAAAAUCUCUAAAAAAUCCGCGAAAUGAUAACGGAAGAUGAUACAGCAGAGUUCAAAAUAUCAUGGGAGACUGGCCCACUAGUUUCCAGGCCAGGAUUCGGCUUUUAUCCAGACUCUGUAUGGAAUUGGUUGGAUAAAACUACGGAGUACUUUUUAGAAACGAAGGAUCGAGGUGAAGAACUAGGUUUGGAUCUUAGUAACUUCUCAAUUGCUCGGAAAGAUGAAUUUAGGUGUUCUGUAUUGUCUGAGUACUGGGUGCUUCUGUUCCCCCAGCUGGAGGAUGCAGAUGUACCGCCCUGUUUCCCGUACUGGGACGGAGCAUCAUGUAUUCCACCUACACUUGAAGGAGAAACUGCAGUUUGGCCUUGUAUGGAGAUGUAUGGAGAUAAAUACUAUACAACCUACAACAAUGCCACACGUGGUUGUUUGACAGAUGGUGUGUGGGCUACUUUGACAAACUAUACAACAUGUGCUGAGCUCCCUGGACCCCCGGAUACUGUGGAUGUGGAGAUAUCUAUAACAGUAUAUCUUGUUGGUUACUCUAUAUCCUUGAUAGCCCUGUUCAUCGCAGUUUGCAUUUUCUUAUUUCUACGUGAGAUGAGAUGUAUGAGACACAAGAUCCAUAUUGGACUCUUCCUAACUUAUAUAUUCACAGAUCUAGCCUGGAUCAUAACAAACCUACUUCAGAAUCUGGUUGUUGAACAGGGAGAUGAUCAAACCUCGUUUAUCCUGUGGUGCUUAGUAAGAAAUCUCCUUAGUUACUUCCACUUGACCACUUUCUUCUGGAUGUUUCUGGAGGGUUUGUAUCUGUUUCUCCAGGUUCAGGUUCCCCUUAGCCUUGCUAACAUCAAGCACAAGCAUUUUCUAUUGUUUGGCUGGGGAUUUCCUGGUCUUGUUAUAAUACUAUGGGGGUUGAUGAGAUAUUACCUACCAGGGUUUCCACAACAAGAUGAAGAAGUUCAAACAUCAGGAAAAGAGGGUCACCAAGUAUACAACUGUCCAUUCUACCGUGAACACCCAGUAGAUUUCUUGGCCUACAGUGUACCAGUAUUCACUUUGCUCAUCUGUAAUACAUUCUUCCUAGUCUGGAUUAUGGUGAUUGUUGUAUCCAAACUAAGAGCACAGACAGUGAUGGAAUAUGACAGAAAACAUUGGAAAGCCGCCAAGGCGCUUAUUGUCGUCAUCCCUCUACUAGGAGUGACCUACCUGUUAACCCUAAUGGGCCCUGACAUGGAACACUACCCAACUGGAUAUUUGAUCUUUCAGUUCAUACGAGCAGUUUUCCUUUCUACACAGGGAUUUGUGAUUACCCUCCCCUACUGCUUCUUAAACAGUGAGGUGAGAGGCGUGCUGAUGACAAGAUGGAACCGUUGGCAACUAAUCAGGAGUGUGGGAGUAGACUCUAUGAGAACCUCAAUGGCCUGCUCGACUUACUUUAGCCAGGUGGAGAACAAGAAUAUAGAGAGGGGCAGAGGGAAGCUUCUAGAAGUUCCACUCCAUCACCAAGGACUAACCAGUACUUCAACAUCACGGAUGCAAUCUUUCACGGAGAUAAAUACCAUUGGAGGAGAUGCCCUUUAAUCCAAACCAAACCAAACCAUGUUUACUUGAUCAUACAUACUUUAUAUAAGAUAGAGCUCAAGCAUAAACUAAAUUUGAGGAAUGCAAAAGGUUUCAUAGGUUAAAAACAUGUAUGAUUAUUUUUAAAGGGACUGUACACAUAAUUGCUGAGGACCUUCUAUUUAUAGAGUAUAAUGUCCAAUUCAUAAUAGAAGAUUUAUCAGAUCAAGAAUGAAUGAGAUAUUCAUGUUUUUAAUUUUUAAAUGAAAGGUCAUUUGAAAUUAUAACUCGACAGUCCCUUAUUACUUAGGGCCAAUAUGGCAAUAUAAUAAUUUGAAGAUAGAUAGAUAGAAAUUCGGGCUGGUACAAUAAAAUCUUCUCAAGCUUAAGCUUAAUAGUGUUUGAGUGUGGAUUAACAUGGCGGAUCCAAUAGUAAAAGUUAAAAAAAAAAUCAUAAUGUUUGGGACAAAGAAUAAGAAGGUAAUAAGGUAAGCUUGGGUCAUAUAAAAUUCUAUUGAUUUCACAUUUCUCGAUAGAGCGUUUUUAAAUUUAACAUUCUUAACAUAUGCUCAUGGACCAUGAGCGCUUUGUUAAAUAGUGUAAACGGAAAUGUAAAUAAUAAAAGGUCUUUCUCUUCUUUGUGUCUAGUUAUUUAGAAUAUGUCAAUGUGUACCAAAGAAUUAUAUGUAUAGUACGUAAUUUAACAUACGUAACUGUUGUAAUCAAGUCUUUACCAAUUUUCUAAACAAAUAUAAAUGUUUUAAAAAUA